GCCCGCCGGGAGGUGGCCGCGGCGGGAGGUCGGGGUUGUCUCUGCCCCGCGAAGGGGCGCCGGGAGCGCCGGGUACAGUCGGGCUGGCUCCGCACCCUCGAGUUCCGGGCGUCUUCGUGAGCGCGGGGGCACGGGGCAGGGGCGCCGCGGGAGACGCGAGCGUGUCUAUCAGUUACACGCGGUACUUGAUCCCGCUGUUGCCGACGGUACUGUCUUUUCCUCUACUGCCGUGCACUCUUGAGGGAGGCGGUGGCGACAAUGGGCCAGAGGUGAUAGUUGGAACGGGGGACUUGUAAGGCGUCCAGAGCAGAGAGCUGCUUCCACCCUGAGAUGUCACAGCCCUCCCGCAUGCUCCUCCCUGCUGCCUGCCCCCGGGGUGGCCGCCGGCACCGCAGCUCUGCGCCCAAACCGGCACGUCCCAAGCCCGACGUUCCGGUGACUGCAGGGGUUUUCCCGGUGCUUGGUGUUUCCUCCCCGUCGUCCUUUAAACGCGAAUGUGACCCUACCACCAAAGUGGAGUGCAGUCCAGAAUCACCAAACCUGGGCUUCCAGGUGUCUGGAAACACAAUGUUAACAUUUGUUUUGCUCCAAAACAAAGUGUGACCGUGUCGGACGUUUUAGUCCAGCCCCAAAUUUUGCCUCUGAGCAAGAUUCCCAGGACCUCAUUGGAGCAGUUUACAGCCAGUCUUAUCUCACUAUUAACUUCCAUUUUCUGCUGUAGUACUUAAAGUGACAGAAGUUACUCUUCCUAGAAAAUUAUCACCAGCCAGCCAUUUUGAAUUCAUCGGCUCUUCGGCAAAUUGCAGAAGGCACCAGUAUCUCUGAAAUGUGGCAAAAUGACUUACAGCCAUUGCUGAUAGAGCGAUACCCGGGAUCCCCUGGAAGCUAUGCUGCUCGUCAGCACAUCAUGCAGCGAAUUCAGAGGCUUCAGGCUGACUGGGUCUUGGAAAUAGACAACUUCUUGAGUCAGACGCCCUAUGGGUACCGGUCUUUCUCAAAUAUCAUCAGCACCCUCAAUCCCACUGCUAAACGACAUUUGGUCCUCGCCUGCCACUAUGACUCCAAGUAUUUUUCCCACUGGAACAACAGAGUGUUUGUAGGAGCCACUGAUUCAGCCGUGCCAUGUGCAAUGAUGUUGGAACUUGCUCGUGCCUUAGACAAGAAACUCCUUUCCUUAAAGACUGUUUCAGACUCCAAGCCAGAUUUGUCACUCCAGCUGAUCUUCUUUGAUGGUGAAGAGGCUUUUCUUCACUGGUCUCCUCAAGAUUCUCUCUAUGGGUCUCGACACUUAGCUGCAAAGAUGGCAUCGACCCCGCACCCACCUGGAGCGAGAGGCACCAGCCAACUGCAUGGCAUGGAUUUAUUGGUCUUAUUGGAUUUGAUUGGAGCUCCAAACCCAACGUUUCCCAAUUUUUUUCCAAACUCAGCCAGAUGGUUCGAAAGACUUCAAGCAAUUGAACAUGAACUUCAUGAAUUGGGUUUGCUCAAGGAUCACUCUUUGGAGGGGCGGUAUUUCCAGAAUUACAGUUAUGGAGGUGUGAUUCAGGAUGACCAUAUUCCAUUUUUAAGAAGAGAUGUUCCAGUUCUGCAUCUGAUACCGUCUCCUUUCCCUGAAGUCUGGCACACCAUGGAUGAUAAUGAAGAAAAUUUGGAUGAAUCAACCAUUGACAAUCUAAACAAAAUCCUACAAGUCUUUGUGUUGGAAUAUCUUCAUUUGUAAUACUCUGAUUUAGUUUAUGAUAAUUGGUUCUAGAAUUGAAUUCAAAAGUCAAGGCAUCAUUUAAAAUAAUCUGAUUUCAGACAAAUGCUGUGUGGAAACAUCUAUCCUAUAGAUCAUCCUAUUCUUAUGUGUCUUUGGUUAUCAGAUCAAUUACAGAAUAAUUGUGUUGUGAUAUUGUGUCCUAAAUUACUCAUUAAUUUUUAUUUACAGAUUGAAAAAGAGGGACCGUGUAAAGAAAAUGGAAAAUAAAUAUCUUUCAAAGACUCUUUUAGAUAAACACGAUGAGGCAAAAUCAGGUUCAUUCAUUCAACGAUAGUUUCUAAACAGUACUUAAAUAGCGGUUGGAAAACGUAGCCUUCAUUUUAUGAUUUUUUCAUAUGUGGAAAUCUAUUACAUGUAAUACAAAACAAACAUGUAGUUUGAAGGCGGUCAGAUUUCUUUGAGAAAUCUUUGUAGGGUUAAUUUUAUGGAAAUUAAAAUCAGAAUUAAAUGCUA